AUGUCGGACCACGGCUCUGAUACCUCAGAGGGGAAGGCGAUGCCUCACAUCCGACUCAACUCCGGGCGGCAGGAUCCUUUCCUCGAGUCAAAUGAAGGCUAUGCGCCUCUCACAUCGCGGACAUUUCCCCGGCCCUUGACACCACAGGGAGCCGAAGCGCCUAUGCCGGUGAGCCCUCAAGCGAUAUCACCAUACGGCGUAUCAGCUGCCCCCGAGUCCUCGGAAUUCCUGCUGCCCCCGAAGUUGAGGCCUACACAGGGACAUGGUCUGACUGACACUGACCGCAACCGGUCUCCGGAUCGGUGGUCUACGGCUCGCUCGAGUAUCAGCUCCAUGAGCCGCGAGAGCACUUUCCACUUUGAUCCGUUCCAGGACUCGAGGGCGCCUUCGCACGCUGGUAGUGAGGAUUAUGAUGUCAACACGCAGACUGUGUCCGGGAAGUUCAAUAUCAUGCCCACUGAUGGAUUGUUGUUGUACCCCGAGGACGUGGAGAAGGAUGACUACUUGCACAACCCGGACCCGGCGGACAAGGAUCGUGAUUGUGACAUCUGGAAUCGACGGGGUAUUUUGAAUGUCGGUGGUCUGGCGGUUUUCACAAUAGGUCUUCUGGUGCUUUUCAUUGGCUACCCGCUCAUAACUUGGUUGGCGGGCUUUGGGAAACAUCCCCAUGAAGGUAUAUGCCACCCAGAAGACACGUUGUGUUUGGAUGUUGGAGAGCGACCAUUGUUGGGAAACCUGCGCCAGAGCUUGAUUGAUCCAGACACACCGAAAGAGGCAUACACCAAGAAAAGCGCCAAUGGAAAGGAGAUGAAGCUAGUGUUCUCCGACGAGUUCAACAUGCCCGGUCGAACGUUCUUCGAGGACGAUGACCCAUUCUUCCAAGCAGUGGAUUUAUGGUACGGAGUGACACAGGACAAAGAGUGGUAUGAUCCCGACGCAGUAACCACAGCAGAAGGCACCCUUCAGCUUCGAUUCGAUCACUUCAAAAACCACAAUCUCGAGUAUCGAUCCGGUAUGGUACAAAGCUGGAACAAGUUGUGCUUCAAGGGAGGCCGUCUCGAAGCCAGCAUGUCCCUCCCGGGCGAUGGACAUAUCCAAGGGUUCUGGCCUGGCUUCUGGGCAAUGGGUAAUUUGGCUCGUCCUGGCUAUGCUGCUACCACCGAUGGUAUGUGGCCGUACAGCUACCAUGACGGCUGCGAUGCAGGCAUCACCCCAAACCAGAGUUCACUUGAUGGUAUUAACUGGCUGCCCGGUAUGCGGUUGCCCGGAUGUGCCUGUCCCGGCUCUGAUCACCCGACUCCUGGUGUUGCACGCAGUGCUCCUGAAAUUGAUGUGAUUGAAGGCAGCACUGCUCCGCUGUAUGGUGACAGCGGUCCGUUCGUCGGUAGUGCAUCGCAGAGUUUGCAGACCGCACCAUUUGACCUGUGGUAUCUGCCUGACUAUGACUUCGCCGCUGUUUAUGACUCACGCGUCACCCAAAUUAACUCCUACCGUGGCGGUGUCUACCAACAGGCCAUGUCCGGCCUAACCAACCUGAAUCACCGCUGGUACAACGGCACCGAAUUCCAAACCUACUCCUUCGAGUACAUACCCGGCGCAGAAGGAGAGGUGACUUGGUUCGUCGGCGCCGAGAAAACCUGGACAUUGGACGCUCGCGCCAUCGGACCCAACGGCAAUGUCGGGCAGCGCAUGAUCCCACUCGAACCCAUGUCGCUGAUCAUGAACAUGGGUAUGGCGGAUAACUUCGCGCCGCAGAACAAGAGCAUCAUUGAUUUUAUGCCCGCCAUCCUGCGCUUCGACUACGUCCGGAUCUAUCAGGACCCCGAUGAUGAGAGCGUUACCUGUGACCCGCCGGGGUAUGAGACGACUAAGUAUAUUGAGAAACAUCGCAAGGCAUAUGAUAAUGCGAACUUUACGACUUGGGACGAGGCUGGGUACAAUUGGCCUAAAAAUUCAUACAUGCACGACUGUCCGGCUAAUUAG